ACUCCGUAGGUCAAGGGAGGGUGCGCGUGAGAGGGAAACCGCCAUCCUAAUCCCAGUUUCGGCCUUUCGUCAGCGGCAGUCGUAGAACGUGCAUCUUUCCUGCGGACGCGGUGACGUCAGCGCGCCUUGCGGAAGGGCUCUCGCGUCGCUGCCGUGGUCGAGAACAGGAGGCGGAGGGGCGGGGGCGGGGCGGGGCUUAAGCCCCUCCCACUUUAUCCGCCGCGUUGGCCACGAGAAGAAAGAACCGACGGAAAGGAGGGAAGACGCUCGUCAGCAGCAGAAGCAGCGGAAGAGGAGGAGGAGGCGGUCGGCGGUUUCUGCUGGCCAAGUCGGGAUGGGCUUGAUAUUUGCCAAGCUGUGGAGCCUUUUCUGUAACCAGGGUGAGUAGAGCGGGGCUGGGGCUGGAGGGGCACCUGCGCCGCCGCUACCGGGCUGCUGCUUUUGCUGCUCCGUGUGGCAUUUUUGCCGGGAGGGUUUCGUCUCGGGGCGGGGGGGGGUGUUUCCCGGGCUGCCCUUUAACGGGGGGGUCGGGGAGCUCGGUUGAGGGAGGGCAGCAAUACCGCAGAGGAAGGGAGAGGGUCGUGAUCCUGAAGAGACCUGGGGAGACAUCUCAGUUGUGUCUGUAACAAUUAGGGCUUUGCAUUGGGUGGGAAGCGGGGUAUUUAUUGAGCCCUUUCUCCCAAGCAAGGAGGGGGCAUCGUCCAUGGUUCUCUUCCCCUACCCACCCGCCGUAUGCUCACAGGAGCCCUUGGAGGUAGCUGAGGCCGAGAAGGAAGAAGUGUAUGACUGGCCACUCGGGGUCUUUUUCUGCGGGGACUUGAACUUGGGUGUUUCCCCCCCCCCCCCCAGUCUUGGAUCUCCCAUGUUACGGAGGUGUACGAAAAAGGCAAGAGUGGCGUUGCGAGAGGGGACCGUUUUUAUUUAUUUUGAUAGGGCGGAGUAACAAUAGGGUAAAUACAGUAAUAUGGGGGAAAUGGUGGGCUGAGAAAGGAAGGGACUGUGAAAAGUUAAUACAGUAAAGUUGGGAAAUUAGGGGAGAGGAGGCCACUUGCUGUGAGUAGGAGCAUCCUGUCUGUUUGACCAAAGGUGUUUUAAUAUAAACAGGGCAACAAGGACUGGUUUUGAGUCAGCGGGAAGGUGAGCUGGAGAAAUAGGUAUGAUGAAUAACAAGGGUGAAUAAUGGGGAGGCCAGGAAGUCAAUUAGCCUGUAGAUUGUAAGAUGCUAAGUGCCAGCACAUUUCAACCAAAUUCAACUGGUAGUAUACAGAACCUGUGAACAGGAAUGUGGCAAAAAGUUAAAGUUGGAGUUUGAGUUUUCCCCCAAAUGUAAAGAAAUUCCAUGAGUUCCUCAGCCUUGGCUGUUGGUGAAAUCUGUGCAGGAAGUAAUAAAUUUGUGUUAAAAUGUUGCAGUGUCUGUAACAACUUGCAAACCACCUUCUUUCAUUUUUCUUUUGUGUUUCUUGAGAAAACACCCUGUUAAAUGCAGAGAACAGUCAUAUUGCCAGCUGAUCGUUUUUCCUUUUCUCUGUUCAAAUUUGCAAGACGUAUAUGCUUUUGUCUAAUCUUAUUUUAAAAGCUUUGCCCACAAAAUAAAUGCAUCUGUGUUCUCCAAGGCAUGGUGGUUACUGUUUUUAUACAACAGCAAUCUGUUUUAAUUUUAAAAACUCCAGCAAUGCAGCAUCUGCCUUGCAUUCUUUAAGCUAAAAUAGCAUGCCAGAUAUAUACAUGAAGAAGCCAUUCUGAUGUCGUUCCUAAGGUGUGGGGGUGCCAUGCAAAGCUGCCUUAGUGCAUUCCUUUCUUAAUGGAAUACCUGUUAACAUUUUAUGAGGCAUAAUCAACAACUCCACUACCUUGAAGAUACUGAACAAAGAAUUCACACAAACCUACAUUGUUUUAAUUACAUGGUGCUGAUAUUGGACCUCUGAGCUAAAGAAACUAACAGCGGUUUCAUGUAACGAGAUUGAUGCAACAGCUAUCAUGCAAGACUUGCUCAUCCCAUGGAUGUGUGCAAAACCUCUUGCCCUAGUGGUUGGCCACCAGUGUCUGAUGAACUUCAUGAGGUGUUUUCUCACUUAAGACCUGCUGCUUGGAUUUGCCACCACGUAGAAACACUCAGCUUCCAUAUGCAGACCUAAUGUCCGCACCACUCUUAAACUACUGCCAAAAACAAUACCUGCUUGGCAGUAGUUUAUUCUGUAAUGGCUUCAUUGAAAGACUGGUAAGAAUAGCGGAAAUGGUGUGGAGAGCGACAGUGGUAGGUUGUCUUAGCAAUGAUACAUCUUUGCAAGAGUUGCAUUGGGGAAAGAGGGAAGACCACUGAGCUUGAUAGCUCACAAUCUUACCUUUAUCAUGGGCUGCUGAGGCUUGGAAAGGUAGACUUCCAAGGAGCUAGUCUUCACUCUUUAUUUGCCAACUUUGUCUUGGUUGAUAAUGAGCUCAUGGGCUUCUAAGUAAUUCAUACUUGCUUUUCAAUGACACCUGUUGACUUUGGAAAACAGCCAUAGAGGCAUCAUUGGCUGUCAAAAGAUCACUGUUGUUUUCUAUCCUAGAUACAUCUUCCAGUCUUUUUGGGGAGGGAGAUGUUCAACAUGUUUGGAGUAACAAGGAUGGGGCGGGGGCUCAGAUCUAAUCGCAAAACACAGCAAAAUUAAUCUAUGGUGAGCCAGAAAAGACUUGGGGGACGGGAUUGAGUUAUUGAAAAUAUGGGUAGAGGUUGUCUUACCUAGUUGUAUAUGGGAAAUGCUUAUUGAUAGCUGUCCAGAUGGUCAUAUGAACUACUACACCAAGAAAAAUCUAGAAGCAUCAUUGUAUUACACUUUCAUAUAAUCUAUGGUAUGUGAUAACCUCAAGUUUACAGCAGCUUACAACUGUUCACUAUUAUGUAUUGUAGAACACAAAGUAAUAAUUGUGGGCCUUGACAAUGCUGGAAAGACCACCAUUCUAUACCAGUUGUAAGUAUUUUAACAAGAUAACAUUCAUUCCUUCAGAUAUGAUACUGUUCAUAAUUCGAAAUUAUCCAGCUUUAAAGGUCUAGGAAUCCUGUUGUCUUUGAAGCUUGAUUUUUCCCCCCAGACUUGAGCAGAUACAUGGAAGCUUUCCUAUGAUCUUCUAGUAUGUUAGACUCUCUAAUUAUGAGUCAUUCAUAAAUGCAGAGAGUUUAUCAGUCAGCCCAGCUAUUACCAUUGGUGGAAGGAUAAAAUCUUAUGGCUGACCUUUCACCUACUUGGGUUACAGUAUAAUGUGGGCAAUACAAUGUUGCUUGAAAGCAUUACUUCACUAUAGUGCAAUAGCUAUUAUAACUGUCAGACGCUGCGGCUAUAAAAGUGGCAAACAAGGUAGCUGGUUGAUAUUGCUUACAGGAAGAUACAGAUAAGCUCUGAAAAGCCAAAAAAACCCAUUUUGGUAUAAUCUUGCUAGUUAUUAAAUAGCUUUGAUAAUCUUGUUACAUAUAGAAUGCUUUGCAUAAUGUAACUCUAAGCAGGGUGGAUAAAAAUCAAUGAUUUUUUUUACAGAAAUCAAAGUUUGGAUUUUUUUUUAUUUAAAUCAUUUUUUUAAUGGAUUUUUAAAAAAAUGCUUUUGGAGGAAAAAUAUUUAUAUUUAAGUUACAUUAUAGUCCAAAGGCUAUUCAUCAGGAAGUAAGGAUUUGUUUAAGAUUUUCAUGUGUGCUAAAACUCAGUCUAAGUUGUUUUUUUUUUUUAAAAAAAAAAGUUUAACAUCAGUUAACAAACAUGGAUACAUAUGCUAUAAUGUCAUUAUUUUAGUAAAAUAAAUUGUUUAAAUUGUUAUUAAGGAAAUGAUUAUUUUUCUCCUUCCAAUAAAGUACAGGAGAAUAGUUGUCCAAAUAUAAACAGUUAACUUAUUAAACCUCACAAUAAUUAUUGGUCUAUGUAUUUCUAAUAGUAUAAAUCAGUAAUUUUUGAUAUAACUGUAAAAACUACUCUGAAAAUUUAUUAUUCCAAAAAUGAAACCCUUAUCUGUAAAUAUGGUUGUAAAUAUUAAGUUUAUACCAGCAAGAAUGAGUCUUUCUGUAAAAAAAGUAAAAAUGAUUUAAAUCAUGAUUUAAAUCGAUUUGAUUUAAAUUAAAUCCACCCUGACUCUAAGGGUGCAUUAUAGAAUGCAAUAUAUAAUUGCUUACCAUCUUACUGAAGGAACAGUUCACUUCCUCUACAUGGUUGUGCCCAAGGAUAUACAACCUUCUUAAUAAAAGGUAAGGUUGUUAACACAGUUAGCUGGCAGCUCUCUUUGAUCACAGAUAUACCUAUUCAUGAUAAGAGGCAGCUGUGAGCUCACUAUCUGCCUUCCAGAUCAUCGGAAUCUGCUUAAACAGUUACAAGCACACACCUGUGAUCAUAUGGAAGAAUUUCAUGAAAACCUAAAAGCUUUUUCUCAAGAGAUUAAAUUUAAGUAAAAAUUAAAAUGAGCAUUUUCAGAUAAAUUCUGAUUGAGCUAUUUUCUGUACAAUCUUUUUUUAAUCCAAAGACAGGAAUUGUUCUAUGAUGGCAUAUUUCUGUAUGGAUGACCUUGAUAAACAUACCACUUUUUCACCCCCUUUAGCCUUAUGAAUGAGGUGGUUCACACAUCUCCCACUAUAGGAAGCAAUGUUGAAGAAAUAGUAGUUAAAAACACCCAUUUCCUCAUGUGGGAUAUUGGAGGACAAGAGUCUUUAAGAUCGUCCUGGAAUACCUAUUAUUCAAAUACAGAGGUAUGUUGAUGCUGUUCUUAAUUUAGGCAACUUAAACGACCCAGGACUGUGCUGGCAAACGUGUGUGACAAUUUUCUGAGGGUUCCAUCCACCUUGGCCCACGAGGCUUAAAGCAAGAUCUGAGAGAGAGGAAGGGAAGUAGCUGAGAAGCAGUAGAAAAGUUUUUUUGUAUUAAGCCUCUGAAAGCCUUUUCAGACCACAGGAAGUGCUCCCCCUUCCUUGGCCCACCAUAAGAAUGAGCUCUUGAUGUUGAUCUCUGGUAAAUAUGAAUGACAGGGGUUGAAUUGGGAAGCAUUCCUGACUCUUUCUAGUGUGUGUGUGGAAGCAACAAGGGUCCAGACACUGCUCUUGUUUUAUUGAGCUCACUUUCCCUGCCCUGUACUGCCUCAGAUAGCAGUAGGAAAUUAAAGAAUACUGUGUACAGGGGACUUCCCACUUACACAGGGGUUGUGUUUCAGGCCCCUGCCCCCAUUAGCAAAUUAUGUGUAAGUAGGGAGCUUGAAAGUUUUUUUUGAGUGGCUGUGUUUCCCCUCCCCCUUUUGUUUGGAAGGGUAGGAGCCAAGCAAGAGCUAUCUAAGGGGCAGCAGAUACUCCCUUCCUCCCCUCUCCUCACCCUCAGUCUCACCAGUAAGGGCAGAGAAGCCCCACAGCUGAGCCCACUGCAGGGAACAGCUUCCUGCCCAUCAGCUGUUGAGCGGGGUGGCGCAGCAGCAGAGAGGGCUCCUGCAUGCCAUUUUGGGUUCAGCGCUGGAGCCAGUAAGCUUUUUAAGACAGAAACCUCUUUUGCUAUCCACUUUGGAAGCAGAAGAUGUCCCCCCCCCCACCCACAGAAAAGUAUCCACAAGCUCUGUGACCUCAGAGAGGCUGGAAAAGUCGUGCAAAGCGUCUUCCCUGCCUCUCAGGUGAUGAGCGUGGUAGCGCAGCAACAGCAGGGGCCCCUGCAUGCCUUUUUCAAUCCACCGUUGUGGCCUUGCUCCUUCAUGAUCUAAAACAAAAAUCCCUCUUCAGGCUCUAGGGAAGGUCUCCUCGCAAACCACGAGGACUCUCCGGCUCUCUCUCACCCUUUCCAGGUUUGAAUCACAUUUAUUUCCCAGUGAUCAUGCGCAAGUUGAACACAUGUGUGCCUGUAUAGCCAUUUUGUUUGUAACACAAAUGUAUCAUUUCAUUACCUUACUUAGAAACAUGGUGGCUACUUUUAGCUUUUUGCCCACCUUUUCCUCUUUCUUUCCACAGUUUAUUAUCCUCGUAGUGGACAGCAUUGAUCGAGAGAGACUAUCUAUCAUAAAAGAAGAACUAUACAGAAUGUUGGCACAUGAGGUACGAUAUUCUAUAUCCUGUGUGUAUUCUAAGAAUACAGACAAUGGUUGGGACACGAAGCAUUGCCCAAAAUAUUACACAAGUUGAAAUUGGCAGAGCCCCAAGUUUUGCUACAUCCCAUAAAGUGUGAGAGAUUUCUUGCCCCUCAGGAGCAGUUUUUCAGGAAAUAAAGGUGGCUGCAGUAGAUGGGGGGGGGGUUGGCAGAGAAGGGGGGCGACUUCCCUUGUGCAAGCCUAGUGCCUUUUGCUUUCAAAGCAGCAUAUUUUGAUCCAAGCUGUUCUUAAAAAAAUUAGCCACAGAAAUGAAGAGCAUUAGUUAAUCUCCACAAUCCUACGCAUGUUUACUAGGCUUUUGAGUUCAGUGAGACUUCUACCCAAAAUUGGGUACAGGUUUGCAUCCUAACUGGGGUUUUUUUAGAAGUCUAGUACUUGUCUCCAUAUACAUCAUAAUGAAUUCGGAUUUGGUUGGCUUUAACCAUAUGUGUUGACACUGGUGAUGAGAGUUGAUGCUUUGGAAGGGGAAGUGUAGCAGGAACAAAUGUACAAUCUAUGCUUAUGCAGUUGGCAGAAUUGCAACUAAAGCAACCUUAAAUAUAGUGAAAAAUAUCUAUUUUUGCUUUUUUUUAAAAAAAAACACCCCAAGGAUUACGUAGCUGUUAGGGCCAUGGAAACAUAAAUUUUCUAAAUACACGUCAUUUACAGGAUUUGCGGAAAGCUGCAGUUCUCAUCUUUGCAAAUAAGCAAGAUAUGAAAGGCUGUAUGUCGGCAGCUGAAAUUUCCAAGUACCUCACCCUUAGUUCCAUAAAGGAUCACCCAUGGCACAUUCAAUCCUGUUGUGCGCUAACAGGAGAAGGGUAAGUAGUCAUAGUGUUAAAUAAAUGCUUGUGUACAGAAACUGACAACUUGUUGGAAAGUAUUCAUGCUCAACAGGAAGCCAUGGGUUAGCACAGGAAUACCCACUGUGCUGCGCUCCAAAAGUGUGAAAGCUGGAAUGAGCCCAAGCAAAACCUCAGGCUCAUGUGCCCCUCCUCCUGAUCUCCAAAAAUCAGAUGCACAGCUUCCACCCCUACACAAAUAGAAGCAUCUUCCACUUAUGCAACCAUCCCUUUGGAUUAAAUCCAAUAUUGGGGUGGAUUCCCUACUACAAUUCCCAUGCAAUAUCACCUGCUUGCUGUGCUAUAAACUUCAGUCCCUCACAGUAUUCCCAGAUAGCUUUCAGAAAGACCUUCCGUUACCAACGUGCAUUUGAACACACAAUUUGUCGUAAUAAUAGAAGUGUUUUUUCCCCCAGCAGCACGCUCACAUUUAUUUUAUUCAAAAUAUUUUAUUUUUAAAAAAAUGUUUUGUAAGAUGGUUUUAAUACUUUGGUAACAUUAAGUAGAGAAAAGCAAAAUCUGUAUGAUUGGUGACACUUAGCAUGGUGAUUUUGCACCCUGUAUGUUUAUUAUUAAGACUUGGGUUUUCUUCCCCUUUUUCAGAUUGUGCCAAGGCCUGGAAUGGAUGACUUCCCGAAUUGGAGUAAGAUAACUUCUUUUCUGGAGUCAAAGUGACACUUGCCUAUGGACAAACUCCUUUGCGGUACACUUGGCUGCUGAGGCAGCGACAAACUUAACUUAAAACUUCUGAAACCUCCACAAGCAACACUUGAAUCAAGUGCAGCUGAACUUAAACUCAAAAGUAUUUUUUAACAUUUUUAAAAUGCACUAAUCUUGGAUGGAUGAACAAGUGGGACUAUAUGAAAGCUCUCCUAUAUAAGCUAAAUGACUGCCCUGUAACAAUUUGCCAUUGAAAAUGCUCCUUAUUCUUGCUGCUUACAGUAAUCGCCUCUAACAUAGGUCGGUCUCCUUCCUUUCCUGUUUCUAUGCUGCAACAAUUAGCUUUAAGAAUCCCAAGGUUAUGGGUACUAAAGUCAACGUGAUUCCAGUUGAUCGGAGUUCAAAUAUUGAUGCACACUACAGGAGUUCUCUAACAUUGAAAGUUAUUUAUUUGCUGGUGUUGCCUUUUUGUUUAUGUAUUGCAUUUUGUGACUUGGUGAACAUACACCUUUUUUAAAAGAAAAAAACUUAAAUUGACUGCUAAGUGUUUUAUAUAUUCGGUUUACCUGAAUUUUUUUGUUUAUUUUUAUUUUUGGUAAAUCAGUGAAUAUGCUGCAUGUUGGCAAGGAGGACAAAUUGAGUGCAUUGUGUUUUAGCAAUGCUGGUUUGAAUAGGGGAAAGUGUUCAAAUAAGUGGAGGUAUCUCCUCUAACAAUAUUGUCUCGUAACAGUAUGUGAAAGCCAAACAUUCAGCAUUUGUAUUUGUUAUUUUCUGUAUUACCCAGCCUUCAUCCUUAGGUGCCAAGGAGCAUUGCAACAGUUUUAAACAAGACAUUAAAACGGCUCACAAUCACAAAAAUAGGAUGGGUCCUACAAAGUAUACAUCUCAGGGUGUCAAAGGCAGAUAAAGAGUUAUGUCUUCUGCCCCAAAAACGUAUAGUGAAGGAAGGAGGGAAUUUCACAACUUGGGGUCUGCCACAGUGGGUGUGCUUCUGUAGGCUAAGGCUCCCCUGUAUAUCUUUGGGUGGUUGAAGUACGCCUCUGCCAAUCUUAACAUACAAGAGGAUCAGUAGAGGAGGAGGUGGUCUUUCAGAUAUCUGGGCUGUUCAGGGCUUUAAACACCUAACAUGAGCACCUUGAAUUGGACCCGGAAACAAACUGGCAAACCAAUGCAGCUGUUUUUAAGGUGCUGUGUGAAAUCUAAAUGGAACAUCAGCCAGCAAUCUGGCUGCUGCAUUUUGGACCAGUUGUUUUCAUGGGCAGCUGCACAUAGAGGGCUUUGCAAGGAUCCAGUCUGUAAGUCACUAGAACAUGGAGUGCAGUGGCCAAGUCAUUUCUGUGAAAAAGGGACUGUAGAUGGCGAGCCCUUGCCACUGAGGCCUCCAGUAAUGGGUCUGAAUCCAGGAGCGCCCCCCCCCCCGACUGUGGACCUGCUCCUUCCAAACAAGUGCAAUCCUUUGGAAAAGCCAAAUUUUUCUGGGUAUUCCUCUUGUCAGUGAAGUUCUACAAUCGGAUUCUGGAUGAUUGUGGCACAUAAAUCAUUGAUUUGAAUUGUGUCUGUAAAGUAUGCACACACCUUGAAAUGUGAGGCCUAGCUACAUUUCCGUUGGAGAGAAUUAGAGCAAAAAGUACGCUUGAAAAUAACUACUCUGUUGGCACAAAUUGAACUAGUUUUUCUACAAAAAGCAUUAACUAAUGCAUUAAAGUGGUUUGCUUUGUCGUCGUCCCCACACCAAGAAAUCACUGUAAAUUUUUCAGUAACAGUUUUCUGUGGUGUUUUUAAAUACCAUUUUGUCUGCCUUCUAUAAUGUCAAUUGAUUCCCCUCUCGGUUGUUUUCUGUCUUAAGGCAAUGCUGGUAAUGUAUGUGAUCUGACACUUAGCAUUACGUGAAAGCUCUUGUGUUCAGUGCUUCCCUGAAAUGCCAGACAACUUCAGAGGCUGCAGAACAGCUGCCCUUUGUGGCUUAACCUGUGUGUGGAGUGGGGUAGAAAUACUGCAUUGCAACUGGGGCUGAACUGAAUUUCCAUUGGGUCCAUUUUCUCCCAGUGAAGGUGACAUACUUUAGUGCGCACAAUUUUUUCUCUCCAACCCCCAACCGCCCCCCGGGCAAAUGGUGUUCUGUAAGAAACGAACACCUCACACUUUGGAAUUGUGAUCUCCCUCAGCAAUUCAGUUUGACAGCAAUUGUUAUUUGCCUCUGUUGUUGCAAUGUGUAAGGGGUGAACCCUCAUGUCAUUUUGCCUUCUUUCUGUUCAGCCGCAGCAUGCCAAGCAACGGUACAGUCGCUUUCAUCACUGGGCUUGUCAAAAAAACAUGCAGAGAGAUCUGGGCUUUUUUCUCUUAAUGGUGUCAACUUCUUUGACUUGCACUGUCGAAUAUAGGCACAUGUUCCUGUAAAAUUAGAUGUGCAAUGUUAUAUUUGCUAAAGGCCACACACGGCAAGAGUUAGAGGUAUAAGCUAAGCAUCAAACCGAAGACCUUUGUUGGGAUAAGAUUAAGCUGCCUUAUAUGUGUGAAGCUCCUUGUUCCUGUAGCCCAGUAUUGUUGACUCGGGUGGGGGUCUUUCUCAUCACCUGCAACCUAUUCCUUGUUUAAGCUGGAGAUGCCUUGGGUUGAAUUUAGGACCUUCUGCAUGCAAAGCAUGUAUUCUGUUCAGCUAUGGUUCCUCCCUGUGUACGUUUUCAUAUCUAUUGAAAUAUAUUUAGAACUUUUUUCUUAGCAUCUUAACAAAUACAUUUCAAAUGAAGUCUAUUUCUGAUCUUAGUCCCUGGUCAUUAAAAAAAUUAUUCAGGGAUGUUUGUGCUAAAUUGGAAGAGAUUUUUCUUUACUGGUACUAUCUGUCUGUUGGGAAUACCAUGAUUUUUCCAAUUUGCCCUGCCUUCUUCAUCUUGGCUUUGCUCAAGAGCUGCACAGGAACUGUGAAUUUACCAUUAGACAAGGAAGCAUUCAGUGUUUAAUCUGUACUUAUGAUGCCACAGUGUUUGAAAAACAUGGCCCUUUUUGUCCAGGAUAAUGUUUUGUCAUUUGAUCACUCACAUGGAAGUGUGGUUUAUCAAUCUUGUACACUUUUUUUAUAACAAAUGAUCAGCAUGGUAUUGCAUUGUAAUUAUUUUGUUGGGGUGAAUUAAAGUGCUUGGCUGUGUAAAGCAAGACUUAUGUUUUUUACACUUACAAAUACUGCUAGCAGUGAAUGCAAUAUUUACUCUGAAAAGGGAAAGAAAG